UUCUCGUGGCAUUAUUUAAUUACUCUGCAUGUAAUAAAGACGCUCAGUUUUGUUUGCAUUGAUACAAGCUCAAAAUAAGUGCCAUAAUAUUUUAUAGACAUUGGAUUUUUCCGGCAACCACUUGGAGGAAAUACCCGCCAACGCCUUUGAAGGGGCAGUCAGUUUGACGGAGCUGAUUCUUUCCGCAAACGAGAUUCGAUCCAUUGACCAGGACGCAUUCAAGGGACUGCCGAUGCUGCGGAAGAUAUUCAUCGAUCGCAACCAGCUGGCCAUUGUCCACUACGCACCGUUCGUCCAUUUGCUUCAGCUGAAAGUUUUGAACCUAAUGCACAACGUCUGGCGAUGUGAUUGCGAAUUGCGUCCGUUCAUCGCAUGGCAGAUGGGAAAGUACCUGACAGAACCUCCCACCUGCGAGUCGCCUCCUCGGGUCGGAGGAAAACGGUGGGAUCAGCUGAAGCUGGACGAGUUCGCCUGCGCGCCGAAUGCUAGCCCCUGGUCUGAAAGACGACAGUUUUUGAGGAAUCAGCGAAACGUGACUCUCAUGUGCGUUGUUAAGGGAGACCCCGAACCUCAGGUGGAGUGGAAGUUUUACAACUACGAUAACGAAACAACCAUCGUUCGAGCAGUGAAUCCCAAGUACAUUAUUCGUAAUAGCUUGCACCCAAAGGAACGGCUUACGUGGACCCAUUCUUUGACCAUUAUUGAGCCUCAUUCUGCAGACGCCGGAAUUUACCACUGCAUCGCCUCUAAUCCUGCCGGAACGGUGUACGUGGUGUUCCAGUUGGAAAGCGGUCGUGAGCUUACGGAUGGUUCUUCUACAGAUUCUCCUCUAGCAGCCACGGAAUCACAAAAACUCACUAGUCAUAAGGACUUAAUAUUUAUUGCCGCGAUUUUGGCUUCUGCAACGUUGCUCAUACUUCUUCUGUUCGUAAUCUUGUUCUGCUAUCGAAAAAGUCGCGGUCGAACUCUUGCAACUCCAGCAAAAUCCGCCAAUGGCACUGGUUACUUGGCGGUCAGCGAUGGCGAGCCCCUGACCUUGGAAGUGAACAGCAAGGUAAUGAGGGAUGCUUUCAUCGAUAUUCAGCCAAGCGUGGUUCUUCCUGUGAAGGACAGACGGAAUAACGGCGGUUUCGGUUCUGCGACGAUGGAUGACGACGGUUUCGGCGACGUUAAACGCCAAAGUCCGAUUUUCACCUCCAUAAAUGAGUCCAACCGCCAUUUUUGCAACUUGCGGGAAACUUCGCCGGAAACCACCCAGAUGGCGCCGUUGUUCUUGUGUAGCAGGGCAGCUCCUCUGGCAGACGAAGAGUGGGAGGAAACAAAAAUGCCGCUAAGAGAAACUGCUUUGUGA